AUGACUAGCUUUCUCGAAGGUGCAAUCUGGAGAGGAAGCGAGCUAGUGGUAGGAGCAUCACGACGCUUUAAGUAUCAUAAGGAUGAUCUUCUAAGAUAUUUAACCAAAACGGCCAUUGACUGCCCGCUAAAACUAUGGAACUACCAGUUCGGUAGCCGUCUGAUUUCAGUCAACAUCAUUAUCAGCCAGCACUGCCAUCUAGGGCGAAAAUACAACCCCCAAACCUUAGACGUCGUGGGUUCGUCAGAAACCACUUCACGGCUUGCAAUAGCCAAUGCACAGCCAAUACUCCUGGCUGAAUACUUCUGGGCGGCAUACCUCAAUGUCAAGUUUAUACCGUAUGGUAACUAUUCACGAUAUCUUGAUAAAUUGGACAUGUAUCCCCCCAUGAUAGCCAUGCCUUGCCAUGACCACAACCCUAGCCUUAGGCGGGGAGCGUCCCUGCAGCCCAACAACGAUACUGCCAGAAAUUCCAAUACCGGUUCCAUUUACAUUUCUUUGAAGUCUCAUAUCGACGACCUUUUGGACGUUUUCAAGAACGAACGUCAUACCAGCAUAAUAGACGAGCAUGUCUCACAAGCCCUCCCGAACGACGAACUACAGCAACCACUACUGGAACCGAUAUUCGCACCUCCUACCGGCCGUUCUGCCUUCUCGCAAACAUUUUUGUUGCCUCCCGUGAGAACGAUAAAGCAGAGUUUCCGAGCAUCUAUAUGCUCAGCGAAAAGGGUUGGGCAUCAGCUUAGUGACUCUCGGAGCGGACAGAUGCGACGACAAACCACGUUGCCCAAUUCAUAUGGGGAGAACUCCAGAUCGAACAGCAACAUAGAAGUCAAAGUCGAAUCGAGAGCAAAGCCCUGUAGUGAUGUAGGGGAUCCUUUUCUAUUAGGGACUAGCCCUCAACACUUGAAUGUUGAGAAUACCAGCUUGGAAAACACGCUUCACAACUAUGUAGCCGCCAGGUCCAUCAGAAAGGCUCAUGAUACCUGGGGCGAGGAGAAAACCGUCGGGGAUGUUCCUCUAGGUACAGAUGGCGUAGAAAAGAGUUAUUUCGAUACCUCCUCUGAAACCGAAACUGUCGAGACCCGUCGAUUAUCUUCUGGGCAGAGAAUAUCUAAAAUCAAAAACAGUACGAUUAGAUGGCUCCGAGACGCAUUCAGCCUCGACGAAGACGAAAAAGCCUUCUUUGCAUCUCGCAGGAUCGCAUCGGUAGAUGAGCUCUUCAUCCAACGCGCAACGCCGAUGUUCAUUGAUGGUAGAAGAAUUAGGCCAGUGCAUUCGACCUGA